UAACGUCACAUCCAUAACACAUCAUUAAAGUUUUUAAAAGUAACAAAGGGGCAAGAUUUUUUAAUUAAACUAUCAGAACUACAUUACCAUUUUCACAGCUGUAUCCUGGAUCAAAGAAGAAGCACAGUCCUACGUCAUAAUAAGUGAUGACCUGCACCAUGGAAAAAAGGCUGUCACUACUUUCCUCAGAAAUUGUGAAAGAUGUGAAGAAGAAACAUCCAGCACUAAACGAGCUACACAUUCAGUGAUGGGGCAACAUCACAAUUCAAAAAUAAAUGUAUCUGGUUCUUCCUCUCAACUACCCUAAAGCAGAUGAUCCCAGAAGUGAGUGUUCAAUGGCAUUUAUUUGCCACCAGCCAUGGCAAAGGUGCAGUGGAUGGAGUGGAUGGAUUCCUCAUGUGCUCCAAGCCCACCCAUGUGAGCCAUCAGAAGACAUCAAAACUGGGGAUUGCCUGCUCAUUACAUACAAGGGCAAGAAGUCCAGCAGGGAGUUUGUCGGGCUUGUAACCGAUACCGAUUCAGAGGGACUGGAGGUCCAGUUUCUGAGAAGAAAUUAUGAACUGGGCUUGGUCUAUAUCCUGCCAACAAAGGAGGAAAAGUCGUGGGUAGUGACAGGACAAGUUAUCCAGUGUCUCAAUCCUUUUGUAAACAAUAGGGGCAGGUACCAUUUCAAAGACGCUGUACUGGCAGAAUAAGGGAGAGCGAAAGGUACCUGAAAGUACAAGCUGAAAGUUAUAAACAAUGUGUUCAACAUACAGUAUAAUGAUAAGUAUGAUAGUGUUUAAUAAUGAAUUACUUUCUUCAAUUUUGAGAAAUGUCCCAUUGUCUUUUAAUUUACAUAAUGUGUAAUACAAAAAAAAUUGGCGGCCAUCUUGAAAAUCUUCAGAACCAUUUUUCAUGGUUUUAUUUAGGGCUGCCACUAACAACUAUUUUUCUAUCGAUUAAUCUAUAGACUAUUUUAUUGAUUAGUCGAUUGAUCUAAACGAUAUAUAUAUAUAUAUUUUUUUUUUUUACCAUUUCAGUUCAUUUUAUUUUGAAAACAACAAACUGUAUAUGUCAUUGACAAACAAACAAAGGCUUACAAAUUAAAGUGCAAAACUGUAGGUUUAAACUAUCAACUCCAACGUUAAUUAAAAUAUUUAGAUAAGGUACAUAACAUAUCCCAACAUACACGAACACACACCCCUUUUAAACCCAAAAUUCCAAGGUGCUGGUUCUGGGCUGGUGCUUAUGCCAGUUCGGUAAUGAUUCGAUAGCGAUACUCGCCAAUUAUCUAAGAACCAGGUAGUCUACAGGUAGUCUACACACUAGAGCCGGAAUAGGGCUAACGUCUUUAAAUCACUUCAUACGCCUAGGCCUGUCGCGAUAGUCAAUAUAUUGACUUAUCGCGCGAUAUAUGGAAAUGAACGCGAUGAUUUUUGAUGCUGCGAUAUAUUGCAUUCAUUUUUACAUAACUUUUUACAUAAAAAUGAAUGUUACCAACAUUUUGGUCAAUCGGGCUGCCUCUGUAGUCUUGUCUCCUUUGUCGAAAGAGGAGGCGGGGCUCAGGCAGCGCAUACACAGAGCGGACACCGACAGGUAAAGAGAAGGCGUGAACCCACUGUCUUAAGAAGUGUAGGCUACUGUUUCGUCACAUCACCAACCAGUUAGCAAGAAUAAGUUAGCAAGAAUAGGUUAGCAGGAAUAAGUUAACAACAAUAAGUCCAAAUGGACUUGGUUACAAAGCCGCAAUCCUCAGCUCCGGUGUGGGAACAUUUUGGCUUUAAGUCGAACGAGAGAGGAGAGCCAAUUAACUUAAACGAGCCGGUAUGUCGACUUUGUUCAAAAACAGUCUCAACAAAAAGAGGCAACUCACUUAAAACACAACCAUCCCACCCAGUUUUUGAACCUGGGAACAAGACCUGCAGCUGGAGCGGGGUCGCCCAGACAGUUAUCUGUUGCAGAUGCCUUUUCUCGACAGUCCAAAUACAAACGCGAUAGCGCGAAAUGGCGCACACUCACAGAUAGCGUAACUCGCUAUAUCGCUAAAGAGAUGCAGCCAUUAAAUACAGUCGAAAAACCAGCAUUUCAAAAUAUGCUGCAAACGUUUGACAAACAGUACGAAUUGCCAAAGAAAACGUACAUCUCUCAAACUGCCAUUCCAUCAUUGUACAUCAAAGUAAAAGACGAGAUUCUGAAGGAGAUAAAAGACAUCUCAUUUUACUCUGCCACUACAGAUAUGUGGUCAAGCUCAAAUAUGACGCCUUAUAUGAGCUUGACCAUACACUACAUAACUGCUGACUGGACUCUGCAGUCAAAGUGUUUAGAGACCAGAUACAUACCCCAGAACCACACUGCGGAUGUACUUGCUGAAGCCCUUCAGUUUGCUUUAGCAGACUGGGAAUUGGAUGAACGCAAAAUGGCCUGUAUAACUACAGAUAACGGUGCAAACAUUGUGGCUGCAAUACGUAAUCUUGGCUGGCCAUGGCUUAAUUGCUUUGGACACAACCUCCAUUUGGCUGUUUCCCAUGGACUGGACAGUGACAAGGAUCGCACAGCGCGUGCCAUGGGACUUUGUAGGAAUCUUGUCAACACCUUCAACCUGAGCUGGCUAAAGAAGACAGACCUGAGGAAGGCACAAACUGAAACCAAUGUCCCCCAACACAAUCUAGUACUGGAUGUCGCCACACGAUGGGGUACCAAGCAAAAAAUGAUAGAGAGGGUCCUAGAGCAACUCCCAGCCAUAAGACGUGUCCUGGUUGAAGAUCGAAAACAUGGCCACCUCAACCCAACCUGGCAGGAUGUUUCUGUGUUAGAAUCCAUUAAUGCAGCAAUCAAGCCAGUGGCUGAUUUCACAGAUGUCCUCUCAGGGGAAAGAUAUGUCACUGUGUCCUCAGUAAAGCCUGUGUUGGAACUUCUUCAAGGCGAACUCUUAUCACCAGACCCAAAUGACACUGCACUGACAGCAAACAUAAAGGCAAACAUGUGCAAGGUAUUGAAAACGAAAUACAGCCCAUCUGAAAUCCAAAACCUUCUGACAAAGGCCACCAUCUUGGAUCCAAGGUAUCGUAGUACCAUGGAGGAUGCAGAGGUCUUGGAUGAUGUCAAAGAAAAGCUCUUGCAAGAACUCCUAGACAUGAACGAGGAAGAAUUAAAAAGAGAAUGUGCCAGUGGUGAGAACUGCGUUAAAGCUGCAGGGGUAAGCGAAGGAUCUGAAUCUGAACCUCCAGCAACCAAGAAAAAGAGGCUGUGUGACCUUCUCCAGAUCAGGAGAACCCAACUUACAAGUCACCAGACUCUGGCAUCGGUUCCGAAAAGAGUGCAGGCUGAUGCGGAGCUGACCACGUUCCUCCAAGAAGAAGCAGUUGAUGCAUCAUCUGAUCCCUUGAUGUGGUGGAGUGAUAACCAUAGCAGAUUUCCCCAAAUAGCCAAGUUAGCACAAAAAUACAUGUGCAUUUGUGCAACAAGCACUAGCUCAGAAAGAAUGUUUAGCACAGCUGGUAACAUUGUUACCCCACAAAGAUCCUGCCUUAAGCCCCACAAGGUAAACAUGUUGGUGUUCCUUUCUCGGAAUCUGCCUAACAAUUAAGAAACUGAUCUGGCAGCAGAAAUGGCCUGUUGAUGCAUCUGUGCCUUUGUGUGAGACACUUUAAAAGUCUAAACUGACUUCGUUAACAUGUUACUUUGUUUUGAUCUAGUUCUUGUUAACUUGCACUUUUUUGUUAAGAAAGGUGUAUUUAUUAUUUAUUUAUUUAAUUUAUUUAGGAUAUAUUUUUUCACAUUCCGAUUCUAAAGAAUAAAACGUUCUUUAAAAAAGUGUACUUGCAUUAUUCUGCUACUAUAUUGUCAUAUUGUCAUUAUGUAAUCAGUGGCAUAAAAUGGUCAGAAAAUUGCAAUAAUAUCGUUUAUCGCAAUCAAUUUGGGUGCAAUAUAUCGCACAACAAAAAGUAGUUAUCGUUACAGCCCUACAUACGCCUCCAUUGUCCUAUCAACGCGUCAUGGUUACGGUUAACAAGUUAGCUAAAUAGCAAGAGCUAACCUAGAGAGCCAUCCUACCAAUGGAACCAAUGGAAACUCUAAGGUAGCAGGCAGACGACUUUAUAGCUGGGCAAUUCCAUGUAAAUGUCAUCCUCACCAUGAAAAAAAAAAGUUACACUUUUCACAACAAAAUCCCUUUUAAAUAUAUCAUAAAAGGUCUUUAUUUUGGGGGUCAUACUUAAUUUGGCCACAUUAUUUAUGAAAUUACAUAUUUUAACACACCUCAACUAGGGGUGGGCGAUAUGGCCAAAAUCUCCUAUCACGGUAUGA